UUAUAGAUUGCCUGUUGCUAUUGACUUGCUACCUUACAAAUGGUAAUUUUCUAUAAUCAUGGUUCUUUGUGGUAGUAUUUUCAUGUGCUAUCUCAUUUCAUUAUGCAACUCAGAUAGCAAUGGUGUAUGCAGUGAAAGUGAAAAGAACGAAAUCUUCUGUUGUGCUGAUUAUUACAAAGAUUUUGAAUCUAGGUCUUGCUUACCCUGCAUCGGUUCAUUUGGACACAACUGCUCUCUGACGUGUAAUGAUGGAUACUUUGGUCAUGGGUGUCGGAUCAAGUGCGAAUGUAAUGACUCACAAACAUGUGAACCGCAUAUCGGAUGUACUCCAAGAAGCAAUCAUUAUAAUGGUUCUACACUGAGCACCAACUACAUGUAUAUAGUAGUUGUCAUUGCGAUUAUCCUUUCUGUGCUUGUAAUUGGAAUGGCUUUGUAUACCCGUAGAAACAUACUGAACAAAUUAAAAGCAAACUCAGAUAAUGAAUGUUCAGUGGAAAACAGGGAGGAUCGGAUACUCUAUCAGAAUGCUUCUUCAUCACAAAUGAUUGAGAAUCAAGUAAAUCCAUCCAGCAUUUGCUUACAGUCACAACCUAAUUCAAAUGGCAAUACAAUAACAGACAACAACUGGAUAUCACAGGGAUAUCAAAGACCGAAAAAGGCCCUGUUGAUACCGCAUAAUACUGUUGAGAGUGGUUACUCUGAAAUUGAUAGUAGUAAUCCCCACAUUCAAGACAAUGGUCGUGAUGCUGUGGCGGUGCUAUUAAAGUCUAACGUUAUUGACGAUGAUUAUACUCAGGCAAUAUCGGACGAAAAUAACAGCUGUCUUAAAAUAAACAAGAAGGAAGGUUCGGUUGAUAAAACCUCGCGUGUAUACAUUUCUAUGAAUUACAAACCUAUGGAGCAACACUAAACAUUUUCUCAAUAGCAUGUAAGAUGUAACACAAACAAAUUCUCAUUAAAUUUUAGAAAUUUAAAGGACUGCAUGCUUGAUACUGAUAUGCUUGCACCCGCUCUACUAGGAGUAAAUGAUAUCUCAGCCAAGUAAAUCUAUUAUAUAACAUUAAUAAUGUUUCCUUUUCAUACAUUACUAUUUAGCAAUUAAUGUAUUAACUAGGCAAUCUGAUCAUAUAUCAAUUUCCGUAUUUGGAGAGAAAGAGGUGUCAGUUUAACAACGAAGACUUUUAUUUUAUAAACGACUAGUAUGCACCGUUCAUGUAUCAGUGAUUUAUGAUUGAUUUUCAAGUUGAGAAUUUUAUUCACAGUAUAUAAAAAAUACACACAAACUACAAAUAUUACAGUAGGGUGUAUGAAUACAAAUAAGGUGACAAAGCAAUUAAAUGUACGAAAUAAGAAAAUUGUGUAAGAAAAUAAUACAUUUACUAUUUCCUAUGAAUUACUUUUUCAUAUAAUUUAAAUUUUUUUUUUAAAAACCACAGGCUUUGCAUAAAGACUUUUUCUAUUUUGUUUUCCCCACGGGGAAACAUUUUUUAUUGUUGCAUAUUAAACUCCUAAAAAUCACCAAAUAAAGAUAACUAUAGCCGAUUUCUAUUCAGGAAUGGUCUUUUCCAUGGUAGAUUACCCUUUUUUUAACGAAAGUGUUGAUAUCCAAUUCAAUUACAUGUAAUAAAAGGUUUUUAUAUCAAUAAGGAGAAAAUAUUGUAAACAUAAUUAUGUUCCCACAAUAAUAAAUAUCCAUUUAAAGUGAUACCUAAUCAUCUAUCAUCUAAAGUUAUUUCCGUAAACAUAAAUUUCCUCUUCAACAAAUAUGCUGUGAAAACGACUUUUACAUAUAGCUAUAGAAAUUAUGUCAGACCAAUUUGCAUAAAUUAUCCGUUUCCUGCAGAAUGAUAUCUAUAGUGAUAUUUAGGUACAUUUAUUUAUUUAUACAUUGUAUUUCACAAAAAAUUGUUUUCUGUUAAAAUCAUUGGCAGGAUAUGAAAAAAAAAAUAAAAUUAAAACGUGUCUUAGUCUUCAUGUUGUACAUAUAUAAUGACAUCAUGAACAAUGUACAUGUAUACGAAAUUUGAAAGGUCCAUGCAAAUCUUAUUUCUCAUGUCAAUCAUAUUUUCAAUAAUUUUGCAAUCAAUUUAUCAAAAGUUAGUCAUACCAAUCUUAGCGAUGUUGUGAUGAUUUGGAAAAAUAAGUUUUGAUCAAGCAUGCUCUGAUUACAGAACCAACUGCGUUUUAUAAUACAUGUAUAUAUAAUUUAACUGGUGUGACUGUCUCCAGCUUUUGCCACAAAAUCCUUUGAACUUGGUCAUUUACUGCAAAAAACAUUCUGAUCCCGACGUGAUUUGAACACGCAACCUUCUGAUCUGGAGUCAGACGCGCUACCGUUGCGCCACGAGAUCGAUGACAUACAUCAAUGUACUAUUGAAUUUAAAUAUGUUUGCUUUAUAUAGAAAUUUUACCAGCCAUUCAUGUAACUGUAUCGUUGAGUAAAUGGUAAUUUUUCUUUGAAGAUUUAAUGUGAAUAUUUUCUUAUGGUUUACAUAACAUAAAAAGUAAAAAUUGAGCAAAUGAUGUUUGUACAAUGAUGUAGUUACCCUCGAAUUAGAGUUCGCCAUUUGGGUUUUAAAUAAUAUUGAAUAGUUUAAUUAUCGCAUUAACCAGUUGAAUUAUCGUAUAAACCUCGAAAACAGCAAACGUCUGUCUUAAAGGAGGAAUCUUUUAAAAAUAAUCUUCUAGAAAAAUCCACACAAUGCUACGUAUAAAUUUAAAAUCUUACUGCGUUGAUGUCUGAAACACUUUCGGUCAACAUCUGGCUUAUUAAUUUUAACAUUUACAGUUACUUGUAUGUGUCUUAUGUUUUACAAUAGAA